ACCACAGUUCAUCUUGAGGACUGUACUAGUGGGUUAUCUGGAGGCGGCGUUCCCUUCAGUGUGGAUUACGUAACACUUUUAUAACCCGCGUGCCAUCUGACCUCAACACAGUGCCUUCAUAGUGCCACCUACGGGCGAGAGAGACCGAAAACCAAGGAAUGACCAGUGCCUCGACAUCCGUGCCUUGUGUGUGUGUUUAGGUUUUCGUAGUGUAACCGACCGGGCAUUCCGCUGUGCCUUUGACACUGUGUUUUUGAACUAAUUUACCCUUCGAGCGAUUUCGAAUGUCCUUUCAUUUCCUUUGAUAGAUGUGCUAUCCAUAGUUUCUAUAAUCAUUUCGAUCCGGAGAUUAAUUCUGGAUAUAAUUCAAUCAUUGUAGCUAAUUAGAAAGAAAGAUAAUAAGAGAGAGAAAUAGAAAGAAAAGAAAAAGGUUGUGACGAGGUUUUAGGAAAUCGGAAAAUUACGUGUACGAGAGCACGUUUCUGCAAGACCCCCCCCUCCUCCCCUCCCCUCCCCUCGACCCCCGGAGGACCCCACGAGCGACCCCGGCGCGCGAGAAGCCCUCGGGGUGGAGUUCUCGGCCAUGUUCCCGCCGGGCAGCGCGGGCGGGUACGGCCAGGAGGGCGGCCAGAACCUCCUCACGCCCUCCAUGUACUCGUCGCACGCCCACACUCACAUGCUGCCCUACAACUCGUACUCGGCGCAGCUCGUGCAGCCCUCCACGCCAUCGCCGUCCAUGUGGCAGACGCCCCCGCACACGGCCCUGGCGCCCUCGGCCCCGCCCGCUGACCAGACCUUCUCCUCGCCCCUCGGCUUCAACAGCGGGCGGGAGGGCUACCUGCAGGGCGCGGGCUCCCAGGGCCUGCAGGCGCCCAUCAGCCCGUACCAGGCCUACGCCCAGAUGAACCACGGCAUGUGGCGCCACUACGACUCCAUGGGCCUCCAGGGCAUCACCAAUUACCCCGGCAGCGAAUUUUGUGCCGAGAGUCGCGAAUGCGUUAACUGCGGUGCCGUGCAGACCCCGCUUUGGAGACGCGAUGCCACCGGCCACUAUUUGUGCAACGCCUGCGGUCUCUACACCAAGAUGAAUGGGAUUAAUAGGCCGCUCAUUAAGCAUUCUAGGAGACUGGACGGUUUCUCCUUCCAAACCUCGGCGCGUAGGAUGGGCCUCAUGUGCUCCAACUGCGGCACAACGACGACCACUCUCUGGCGUAGGAAUAACGAAGGCGAGCCCGUGUGCAACGCCUGCGGCCUGUACUACAAGUUGCACGGGAUCAACCGGCCGCUGCAGAUGCGGAAGGACUCGAUCCAGAGCCGCAAGAGGAAGCCGAAGAACAAGAAAACGGACGAGGCGCCAGAGGAGAAGGAGAAGGAGAAGAAGCCAGCAGCCGAGGAGCAGCCGCCGAAGGAGCCCGAACACCGCGCUCCCGAGCCCGCCACUGCCAUCCCCCCUCCUAAGCCCCCCCAGCAACCCCAGCCUCCGCAAGCCAGCCAAUCCGCUGCCAUCCCCAGCACCAGUAGCCAAUCCAACGUGAAGAUCAAGCAGGAGAGCCAACCCCCUUUCACCGCGUUGCCGAGCCCCCCCUCCGGCCUGGUGACCCCGCCAAUCACCCCGAGUCUCAACUGCACGUCGACCAAUGGCAUGUUCGGGCCCUACGCGUCGGGAACGUCCAAUUUCAAGUUAAUGAUAAGUUAGAGGAGAGGCGGCGAGCACUCAGUGGGAAAGAAAAAAAAAGAGGUAAGGGAAAGAAGAAGAAAGAAAGAAAAGAAAGAAGGAGAAAAAAUUUAGAGAGAGAGAAAGUUGAAAGAUCGAGAAAAGUGGAAGCGAGCGCAGGCGGGUAGGAGAAAGAGGAGGGUAAGAAGAGAUAAGAGAGAAGUGGAAGAAGUAUGAUGAUUAGGGGGGGGGGGAGAAGUGUGAAGAGAAGGAGAAUAAUAAUUGGGUCCUUUUUUUGGAUGCCAUCGGAUGCGGGUGAAGGGAGCGGCCGCAAUCGGUCCUUGCGUCGGGGGGUCUGUCUCCCUGACCCCCCUCCCCCCCUCCAAGCUGAGACCCGCCCCGGCCGCGGAUCGCUCCCUCGGCGGCCCCUCGACUGUGAAUGCUCUUCUUCAAAGUGGCCAUAUAGAAAUAGAUAUAUAUAUACAAAUACAUAUAUAUCUCCAGGGACUGCCGAACGCUCCGACGAAACGGAACCCGCGGAGGUGGGCACGCUCGCGUCUCCGAACGCAGCACCGCGUCGGAAGCGGUCGGUUGGUCGGGCCUCCGGUCGGCCGAUGCACGGUGCAGUCGGCAACGUUUGUGUGGAUGUUUGUGUCGAUUACCGACGGCCGACGACACCGCGGCCGCAGACUAGUGUACGGAGACGCGCCAUAGACCUGGAUCCCUGUUUUAUCUGCACUAUGAACAACCUUUGAAAUUAGUUUUUGAGGGAAGCCAUUUGACAAAAAGAGUAAACAAACUAAACAAAAAAAAAAAAAAAAAAAAUACAAAAAAAAAUAUUGACGAUAAUGGCUUUUCACAGUGCAGUAGUUUUUACAUUUAAAAUAAAAUAAUUCUACUUAACUAUUUACAAAAUGUGAUACGAGAAAUCGCAGUUAGUGAGACGAGGGUUAUAUAUGGUGCGAAAAUAUUAAGAAUGGAUUUUAUAAUCGAAUUACAUAUUACUAAAUUAAAACAAUUGGCAAGACAGAAAAAAAAAAAAAAAUCUUAGAAACAGUCGAAGUAAAACUAUAUUUGAAGAGCGACAGCCUUCAACAUAACCGUUACUUCAACUUUUUGAAAACAAAAAAAAACGAAAGUUUAAAUUUAAAUUCAAAUCAAGGAUCCCUAACGUCUCUUUCUCUCUCUCUCACUGUGAAACCGUGCAAUAGAUUGAUGCUAUGUAUAUUAGAGACUUAAUACUUAGCAGUAUAAACUGUUUGGGAAAUGAGUCUUUACUUAAAUUAGUAUAGGGUAAUACUAGUUGGUUGGUUUGUAUUGUAUAGUAAAGUGAUGCGAACACACUUUUUUUACUUGAAAACGGAGCAAAUGGAAAGGUUAUGCAAGUGAUAAUGUUUUUUUUUUUUUUUUUUUUUCAAGUGAAAGGACAGAUAAGUCGUAGACGGAAUAGGUAAACCCGUAAAAAGAUCAAAUUUCCUCAAUUUUUUUUUUUCGUGGGAGGAAUAGAUUUUUUUCAUAAUCUCUCUGGGCUUUCAGUCUUUCGUUAUACUCUGUGCCUUUUAAGUGUAUAUUGUUUUGAGUUGCAAAAUAAAGAAAAAAAUCAAAGUUCGUUAGGGAAAAUCUUCAAACGAAUUAUUGUUUCCAGUGUACAUAAGAAAACCUCAAAGUCGCCUUUAUAUGUGGCUUAUACAGAAGUCCGCCAUUUUUCUCCUCGAUUUUUGGCGGGAAAUGUGCGAUGUCGUCGAGAAGAAAACGGUGAGGAAUAUCCUUUAAAUAUUCUGUUGGAGAACGGGAUUAUGUAUAAAAAAAAAUAUUUUUAACCAUUUCUUUAAAGAUAUGAAUAAUCCAGCUUGGAUUAUUCAUCAAGUAAUUGAUAUUUCGUGACGUACGUACCUCUCUGCUAAUUUAUUUUCUCUUCGAACUUUCUUCCGCGGAAAGUCUCCAUUUUCUGUAAGAGAACGUGAAUUGCAAACGAAAAAGUACUCUGAAAUACGGCUUUUUCUCUCGCUUUCUCGAUGGUAGAUUGUUUUACACUAAUAUAUAAAGUAAAUAUUUCUUUUUUUUAUACUGACAUAUCGGUGGCCUUCUGAUAUAUGCAUGGAUCUGUUAUUAUUAAUAGGAGGGCGAAAUGGUAGUUUAAAAAAGGCGCCUUAUCGUGCAUCUGGUAGAGACGCCAUUUUUUUUUUUUUUUUUUUUUUUUUUUUACAAGACGUCUAAACACUCGGACUGGGAGAGCUUAAUAAUGAUAUUCAGUUUGUUUUAUUCAAUAUUUCUUUAAAAGUAUUUGACUAACUGUUAUGUAACGAGUUAAUACGGUUAAGGAUACCUGUAAAAUUUUGUAAAUUGGACUUACUGUCGAAAUGUUACUGAAUUUAUCGGUUACAGUUUAAAACACGGCUAAAAAUGUGUCCUUUCUGUAUUAUCUUCAUUAUUAUUUAAAUUUGAUAAAACAAAAAAAGUUCAGCCAUAAAGUUUAUCCAUUUAAAAAAACAAAAACAAAAGACUGUCCAGGAAUUGAUGACGUCACAGAUGUUCUCCGAGCCUAAUUCCUCCAGCACUUGUGUGUAACAGUAAGGCAGUGUUUGUGUAAAUAGUCCUUCGAUAUACAGAUUACUUACGUGUUCCUUUUUUUUCUCUCUCUUUUUUUUUAAUUCUUAUUUUUUGCUCUUGUGGUGUAGGUGAAAAACAAAGCUUAAUAAGUGGAUGUGUGAUAACUCUGCGCUACACGAACUCUCCCUGAGUGCAUGUUUUGGGAAAGAAGAAAUACCCGGAUGUUGAUUUUGAGACUCGUAUGUUUCGAAUCGUUAAGAUAACUCCCAUUCGUGUUUCAAAGGAAAACAUGUGGACCAAAUACCUACCACAUAUUCGGCAAAUUAGCUUAAUCGUACUGAAGCACAUUAGUUUCAUCGAACCGAAGUUGCUGUGGCAGUAUAUCUGAAAAGAGGAAAACAGGAGUUGGAGUGGAAACAAACGGAGCUGUUUCUCAGGGCAGUUCGAGAUCAGGAUAAUAUUGUAUACAAAUAAAUAAAGGAAAAAAAAUAAAAAUGCUGAAAAAAAAAGAAUAAUAAUAUUCUCCAGAAGUCCAGACACACAUUUGUACAUUCGCUUGUUCAUGAAGAAUUUCUGUAACCUAUAAUUCCUCCCUUAAUAAAAAGCAAUUAAAAUUUAAAAAAACAAAAAAAAACAUGCUUGUUUUAGAAUAUUAAAAACAAAAACUUUCCCCCAAAAAAUAUUUUUAAAAAAUCUGAUAAUGAAUUUAACCGACUCAUCUCUCUAUAUAUAUUAUAAAUAAAUAUAUAUACACAUAACCAUGUAUAAAAUGCAAUAAUGUAAUGAUUAUUUGUUACCACAAUGGACAAGCCUCCUUUCUUCGUGUAAAGCUUUAGUCUCCCCUGGAAUAGAAGAGAAAAUGAUAAUAAAAUCUGUUCAGGGAAA